CUCUCCAUAACUACCAGCCGACGCAGGGCGAAUCCUGUUACUUUAAAGAAAAAGCAGAGAAAAGUACCGAAGAAGAUGGGAACAAACCGUGACAUCCCUGCUAUAGACAUACUAACAAGAUUUUCACGAGAGUGGGGUGGAAUUGGCCGACCAUCUGCCAAAGCAUCAAUUGAUGGCCUACAACAGUACCGGUCACGUAUGAGUGACGUCACUACUAGGACUCAAGCUGGCGUUACUAGCGUCCAAUGCUACGUAGAUGACGUCGGCAAAGAAAUAUCUUCAUUAAGUGGCCAGGUGAAAACAUCGUUGGUAGAGAACGUACAUAUCAUGGCUGGGCUUAUUGAUAAAUUUGUCCCCACAAAGAGACUAGAUGAGUUGACGUAUGGAAGUUUCUAUACAUCAUCACGCAUGAAUGAUAAUGAAAUGACUGCAAGACAAGCUGAAGAAAUAGCCAAGACGAUUGCACAACAACAAGAGCUGGGAUUGUUCCUGGAAGAGAUGAAACACACAUGCGAAAAGGUAAGAUCACAGGACGGGCUAGACACAGAGGACAUCGAACGCUUAAAAGAUCACUUGAAAGAUUAUGGUGAUACCUUAGAAACUGAAAAGGAGCGCCGAGAUAGAGAAGAAAAACAGAAAAAAGAAAGAGAAAGAAGGGAAAGGAAGGAGAAAGAACGCAAAAAAGAGGAAGAACGACGAAGAAAUCCAGAAAAUUGGAAACCUCUUGUGUUGAAGGAUACAUCUGGGGAAGAGAGAUUUGCUAACAGUGACGUGUUGUGUGUGGUGUAUGCCAUGCAGGGGAGUUUUGAUCAAUCAUCACUUCAGUGUGACAACAAGGAAGGACUGACCUCAGACUGGCUUUACACGCCCUACGAACAGCAGGCGUCGUGUCCAACCUUGGUCAGAUGCAACGGAUAUAAAUCACUCGAUCUUGAGGUGCCCAUGGAGGUGUACGUGCCAUAUUCAAUCAGCAACGAUAAAUGCGAACCAGAAGUCAAGAUCUCAAUCGACAAUGGAACAUGGAAGUACCCAGGGGUACUAAACAGUCGAAAAAUAGAAGCAUUUCCGGAAGGCGUGAAUUACAUUGGGACUACGGUUCCAAAUUUCCAAUCAUUCCGAAUCAUUGUUGUUGCUGUGGCGAAGAAAAAGGAUAUAGUAGUGGACAAAAAUGGAAUUUCUUUCCAGGAGGAUUGCGUGCAUUUUCUAAUUCCCCCAGAAUUUGGAAAAGACAAGAUCAAGUUUGGGUCCUGGACAGACACUGGCCAAGGAAAAAAUGUCAAAAACUUACUGGGCGCACAAGUGCGUAUAGAAGUGGACUGUAUGGAACCAACAACAAAGGACAUCAAUGUCAAAAUAUCCCCCGAACAACUUUCAUCCCACUGCAAGGAACGGAAGGCGGUAGGGGCGGCUGUCAACCAGUAUUUCAUAUCGAGCAAAGAUCUUUCUAACUUUCGUUUGGAUACCUUUCUUCAACAUUUACAGACAGAGAGAGUGAUAACCACGAAAGAAUUAAACGAAAACAAGAAUCAAAAGACGAAAGAUAAAAAGAUAAAACAUCUGCUGGAACUGCUGCUUGACAAACCGUCUGCUGCUGAAAAAGUACUGAUGUGCCUUGACAAGUCAGGAAAUGACGGCGUAGCGGAUGAAAUCCGUGAACUGGUCAAGGAAAUUCGUGGAACCCGUGUAGUAGAAGAACAAUGGCGUUCAGUGAUGGUUUACCGUGCGGAUGGCGGUAACUGGGAAGUCCUGGAUCCAAAACUGGCUUCAAAACUCCAUAAAACGUUAGAGUGCAAGUUGAGUGCAGGAAAGAGACACUUUGAUCUGGUGUCACUUACGGUCUCUGGUGACUCGUCAGAGACAGAUAUUAAAGGAAUUGCCGACGAGUUUGGAAAAGGAAUGUUUGUAACAACGGUUACACUCGUCUGCAGACAGAAAGAAGAUGAUUACCAGGCCGAAACCUUUAUACAUGUACUUCCAACGGAACAAGCAUCAAAGGAAAUCAGUCGACUGAAGGAGCAAGGCUACACGCGAGGUCCAAUGGAGCUAGCUGACUUCACUGUCGUGGAUGGAGACAUCGUCGAUUUAUACAUGUCGGGCAACAUUGGUCUUCAACACAAUGGUAGACGAAUUCUGCAAGGAGAGGUGGUGAAAUUCCCCUUCAAAACCCAAAAGGACAUUUGCAAAGUGAACUGUAGUAUAUAUGUCGUAGACAAGACAUGUCCGGAACAGAUGGAUGACGAAUGCUACCGAGGUCUACUGCAUUACCGUGUCAAGGCCAGGAAACCUCUAGAGGAGAGGACUGACUCCGUGGAAGUUGUCUGGGUGAAAACGACAAAGCGGUACCUGUCGCACCUGUCAGUGAAUGGGGACAUCCAAGCACUCACGAAAUUCAUCGGUUCAAAGACGACCAACAGACAGGAAAUGCAUAGCAUAUUUACUCAGAUGGAUACACCAAAUGAAGUGAAAGAAAUAGAGACGCGCGUGGAGAAACAAUGCAAGGAUGACACGGACAGUGUCAGAUUCGCGACAACAUUAUACAUAUGGGCAAACCAGAACCAGGAUGAAAAGCAGAAGAAGCUUGAGAAAAUGCUACAUGCUGUCAGACAAUAUCCUUGGUGUAAAGAAGCUCGUCAGUUGGUGGCGCUGUACAUGGAUACAGGUGUAUUUUCUGAGGUGUCACUCCUAAGUAUGUCGAAGAUGCUUGGACCGGAAUGGAAGGACCUGGCGAUUGCUCUCAAGCUCCCCGAGGCGCAGGUCGACUAUAUCAAGAACAUGCAGCUGAGUGAACAAGACGCGAAGGGGAAGAUGCUGGAUAAAUACCGACUGUCCGACUACGCCAUCAGACUCGGAGACAGACUACCAGGCGAAUUCUUACAGACUCUUCAGCAAUGCAAAUGUAGUGCUGAACUUCUUGCUUACGUGAAAAUGAAAGUAAAGUAAAGCUGUUUUGAAAUUGUAUCAUGCCGUUUACGUGUGUAACAGUACGGACUGUAAAUCACAAUACAUGUGCAGUAUAUUACAUAUUUAGUAGGUUCAUGUUUGGGUGUAUAACGAUCAGGCGUGUUAAACUGUUGUAUUGAGACUUUUAGAUAUUGCCUCUAUACCAAUAACCAUUUAAUUUGUAGUGUUUUUCACUAUUGAAAUGUUAAACGGAAACAUUAAAUUUGUAUCACCACAUAUUAACCACAGAAGGGUAAACCUCGUUACAUAUAUAUAGUAUGUAAUCUGUUACUUGUAAAUCAUUGAAUUUUUGCAACUAUCUGCCUUAUUAUUUAUUGUAUUUGAUAAACGAUUCAUCUGAAUAAAUUUACACAAGAUAAUUAACUUCACGGCAAGGUCAAGUUUCCUCGCCAAAAACGCAAAAAGUCCAUCAACUAAAUUUUACUGAUGAGUUAUAGUAAUACCUUGCAGUCCCGAUUCUCAAUUAAUGUCCAUAGAUUUACAGACAUGUCUACUGACCUACAACCCUCGUUCUCCCAUUAAUGUCUAUAGAUUUAUAGUUUGUACCUCCCUGACCUAUAAAUGUGUACUGACCUACAACCCUCGUUCUCCCAUUAAUGUCUAAAGAUUUAUAGUUUGUACCUCCCUGACCUAUAAAUGUCUACUGACCUACAUCCCUAGUUCUCUAAUUAAUGUCUAUAUAUUUAGUUUUUGUACCUCUCUGUCCUAUAAAUGUCUACUGACCUACAACCCUAGUUCUCUCAUUAAUGUCUAUUUAUUUAUUUUUUGUACCUCCCUGUCCUGUAAAUGUCUACUGACCUACAACCCUAGUUCUCUCAUUAAUGUCUAUAUAUUUAAUAUUUGUACCUCCCUGUCCUAUAAAUAUCUACUGACCUACAGCCCUAGUUCUCUCAUUAAUGUUUAUAUAUUUAUUGUUUGUACCUCCCUGUGCUAUAAAUGUCUACUGAUCUACAACCCUAGUUCUCUCAUUAAUGUCUAUAUAUUUAUUUUUUGUACCUCCUGUCCUAUAAAUGUCCACUGACCUACAACCCUAGUUCUCUCAUUAAUGUCUAAAUAUUUAUUAUUUGUACCUCCCUGUCUUAUAAAUGUCUAUUGACCUACAACCCUAGUUCUCCAAUUAAUGUCUAUAGAUGAACAGUUUGUACCUAUAUAUCCUGUAUAUGUCUGUUCACUAACAAUCCUAGUUCUCCUAUAACUACCAAUAUUUACACUAUGGACUUAACAGUUCUAUAACUGUACAAGGUUUGACAGUAGGUACCUCCAGUCCUUGUUCUCCAAUAAUGGAGUUCGUACAGAAAUUUCACUAUGAAAUUUAAGGUCUUAAGGGCCUUUUAAAUUAAAAUUAAGGCGUAACAAUUCACAUCAUUUUCACGUUCUCAAAAUACAGAGACCUGUAUGUGUAUUCCAGAUUGAUAUAAACUCAUCAUAUAAAUAUCAAAAACUCUCACAUUGGUCGUAAGUCCGAAAAUCUAGAAGUCAACAUGAUUUUACUGACUUCAUUUCUAUCAGAAUGGCAUCACAAAACCACCAAAAACAAUAUACAAUAAUUGUUUUAUAUCAUUAUCCAUUUCAAGGCUCAUUUUGACCCUUUAAAGGCAUUUUAGUUAAAAGGUGCUUUUAGGAUCCUUUCAUCAAUUUCAUAGCAUUUGCAAGGCUUGGUCAACCCAUGUAUAAUUGUCAAUUGAUUCAAUUACCCCUGUCUAAUAUUUGUUUUACUUUUGCUAUUUUACUCUUUGAUAUGAACUCAUGUGACCAUAACUUUGAAAUAUUUUAUGUGUUUAUCGAGAUAUUCAAUAUCUGGUGACGGUUUAUUGUGACACAUGUCUAUACAAGCGACAUAAGUACUUGCUAUUUUUUCCUAUAGAGGAACAUAUUGUCUAUCGUGUAACAAUAUCUUAUACAUAUAGUUAGACUAGAAAACUCAAAGGUCAUAAUUGACAAUAAGCUAACACUUUUUGCCAAUACGUUUGGUGUUUUGUAUAUGUAUUAAUCAGCAAAUAACAAAACAAAUGUUAAUAUAAUACAUGUAAUAACAGACGUGGUGAAUAAUACUACAAAGUGAUUUCGUAUUAAUCAAAGAUUCUUUUACAUUUUUCUCAAUAUCUCUGAUCGUGUUAGAAGAAAACAUCAAUACGUUACAAACAGUAUUUUGCCUCCGUAGCAUAAAUACAUGUAUGUUCCUCCAUGAAGAAGAACUAUAUUAUAAUCACAAUCAUUGACGUAAUUGCUUUUAUAUAUUAUA